UGCUGGUCUGAAACCAAAUAUGGACCGGGAGAGUGGAGUAUGUAGUAGCAAACCGUCUGAGGUAUGGGAUAACUACCCCCUCCCCCGCGCAAGGCUCUAGUUUUUGCUCGUCUAUCACAUACGAAUAACCAUUCCCAAGGCUAGGGAAAGAAGAAAGAGGUUGACAGAGACAUCAAUAACCAAUCGAGGAUCCCUGGUGAAAACUAUACUAUUUGUAUUACGCCUUGGUCUGCGUCUCCGUCGACAGACAACCAACAAGGAAGACAGGUCCGGGCCGGAGGGGCAGGAGGAUUGAUUCCUACUCUGAACACUGCAGCAACGGCCUCAAUCCAGUUGAAUGAUUACGAAAUUAAUGCCCGGAAGAAGAGAAAUCACUCGAACGUGUUACACCGGCCUUCUGCAACCUUUUCUAAGAAGGCUCUACCCACCAGCCCUUGGAGACAUAAUUUCAUCAUGUGCUCAAGAUCCGCUUCCGCGUUCAUAGCUAUCUCCAUAGCUCCCCCAUAACCUUUUUGCAGAACUCUCAUCUUCCCAGCAGAGCUUCUGUGGAUCUGCUGGAGUUGUUGAUUUUGCCUUAGAGAUGCUUUAGAUUCAUCUUGUCGUUUCUGGGUUGUAAUGUCUGGAUGUCGGCCCUCUACUCGGAUAGCAUUCAAUUCGGGGACUCAGCACGCACAUAUUCCGAGUACUAUACCCAGUUACCUCUUCCAUACAGGAGUGGCUUGCGCCUUUUGGGCCCACACCGGAGUCUACAUCCCCACUGGGGGUUUGGGAGGGUGUUGGCUUGAACGAAGAUGCCGGCUGGGACAACGGUGGAUCGGGUAGAACGGGCACUACUAGCAAGUCUAGAUCUCAUGAUAAGUAGCCAGGAAUGUAAGGUUUCUCCGGAAUCCUGAGAAGUACUAGUUUCAGAACCCGUACUUGGGCAGAUAUUUGGUUCCUCCUGAGAAGCACCACCCCGCCCAUAUCUGUGAC